UGGUUCGAGCACAAGUAAACCUCCUGUAAUCCGCUUCAAGAGGAACAAGCAUCACAAAGGCUCCAUAUAUUGUGUGGCCUGGAGCCCCUGCGGACAGUUACUGGCCACCGGCUCCAACGACAAAUACGUCAAAGUGCUGCCCUUCAACCCUGAAACCUGCAAUGCUACAGGUGAGAGAAAGAAAGAUCGCAAACCAAUAUUCAUGAGUCUUAAAGCAACACACUACAGACAAAAACAGGGUCCUGAGAGCGGAGGGGCCAUUUUAAUCAGUGCAGGAGCUGGAGACUGUAACAUCUACACAACGGACUGCCAGAGAGGACAGGGCCUGCAUGCGCUGAACGGACACACGGAUCAUAUCCUGUCUCUGUACACAUGGGGGGGCUGGAUGAUAGCAUCUGGCUCUCAGGAUAAGACGGUGCGUUUCUGGGACCUGCGUGUUCCCAGCUGUGUGAGAGUGGUGGGGACUGCCCUCCACGGCACAGGCAGCCCUGUGGCGUCGGUGGCGGUGGACCCGAGCGGGCGUCUGCUGGCAACAGGGCAGGAGGACAGCUCCUGUAUGCUGUAUGACAUCAGAGGCGGACGCAUGGUUCAGACGUACCGACCGCACUCCAGCGAUGUCCGAUCGGUGCGCUUCUCCCCCGGGGCUCAUUACCUGCUCACGGGAUCCUACGACACCAAGGUCAUCGUCGCUGACCUGCAAGGUGAGAUCUCAGACGCCCCUUGUUGA